AUGGAGGACGGUCAUGCUGUUGAGUGCUCUGUAAACGAUGACCUUCUAGCUUCUUCUUCAAAGCUUCCCACAUCACAAAUUCCCCUCUCAAUUGAGAAGGGACGUAGUGGGAUUAAAAUUAAAUGGCUCAGCGAUCUGCCUGAACUAAAAUUGUUCUUAGAAUGCCAACUUAAGUUAUCAGGCGAGUGUUCGUUUACAAAGAAUAACGGCGGCUUUCAUGUGUUGAAAUGUGAUACGGUCACGAUUUCAUUCUACCAGACUACGAAGACAGUAAACGUACAAGGUGCAAUGAAGGAUGUAGUGAAGAAAAAUAUUCUAAGCUAUGCUACUUUAUCUGAAGAUUCUAGUGCCGAAACAACUGCGCUAGCCAACCAUGUAAAUUAUGGCAACUUCGAAGACGAAGUCGAAAGCGAAGCAUGUGAUGCUGUUGGUAAACAGACCCAAGACAAAGAUUUGGAGUCAAAUAUAGAUGCAUACGAAGACACUUAUCUCAACGACAGUGCUCCGAGCGAAUUUGAGAAACCACAGUUCUGUCCUGGUUGUAAAAAAAAUUCGAUUUACAUAAAUUCGCUCGCGACUCGGUUAGAAGAACUUGAACAAAAGCUAAAACCGAAAUCUGAAUAUACCGGUGUAUUAACAUACAACGAUCUACAGGCAAAGUUGUUAUCCGUUACAGAGGAAAGGGACAGUCUGUUAACAACCCUAAAAUUACUUGCGAAGGAAAACGCUUCAAGACCGCAUAGUGGCGACUAUAAAAACGGAAAAGAUGGCCGAAGCGAUAUCAUCAAGGGCAAAGGCAAAGCAAGUAAAGGUAAAAAGGGCAAUAUCGACAUGGGAGAACCACAACAUGGAAACAUCGAAAAUUCAAAGCUUCCCACUCCGAAUGUUACAAGUGAUGGCAGUAAAGAACACGGUAAUGCUAAAAAUGAAUUUUCACAACAAAAUCGUGAUCAAAAUGGGUGCGACGUUGUUAUCAUUGGGGAUUCUAUAACGAAGCACAUCCAUGGUCAUCGCUUAUCUCGAAAACACAAAGUUAAGAACAUGUCAUUUCCUGGUGCAACUGUUGAAGACAUGGUGGAUUUUGUGAAGCCUAUCAUCAGGAAAAGGCCGAAGAAAAUAAUUCUUCAUGUAGGUACAAAUAACUUAAAGCGAGACAAUCCCAAGAAAAUAAGUAAGAAAAUCAUUGAUCUGGCAAAUGAUUUAAAAAAACAACAUUCCUCGGUAGAAAUUGCGAUUUCAUCAAUUAUACAUCGAACUGAUGAUACAUUGCUUAAUUCUAAAGUUGAUAAAGUUAAUGAGUCCUUAGAGAAAUCAUGCGUAGAUAAUAACUUUGGGUUUAUAUGCAACAACAAUAUUAAACAUGAUUGCCUUAACGUCGGGGGACUCCAUUUAAUUCUAAAAGGAACAAUUAAUCUUGCCGCAAACUUUAGAAAACAUAUUAAUUUAGAGUGA